GCACGACGCAGGACCUGCUCCGCCUCAUCCCGUUUGCUGUUUUCAUCAUCGUCCCGUUCAUGGAAUUACUCCUCCCGGUCGCCCUCAAACUCUUCCCUACCAUGCUGCCCUCGACGUUCGAAGACAAAUACGCCGCUGAAGAGAAAAGCCGGAAGCUUCUUCGCGUGAGACUCGAAAUGGCCAAGUUCCUCCAAGAGACGCUGCGCGAGUCCGGGCUCAAAGCCAACGCGCACAUCGUCGGCAGCGAAGCCUUCAAAGAGUUCUUCCGCAAGGUCCGCUCCACCGGCGAGACGCCCUCCGCGCAGGACGUCGUGAACGUCGCCAAGCUGUUCGACGACGACCUCACGCUCGACAACCUCUCGCGCCCCCAGCUGGUCUCAACGUGCCGGUACAUGGGCCUCAACGCGUUCGGCACGGACAACUUCCUGCGCGGCGCGAUCCGCUCGCGGCUGCUGCAGAUCCGGCGCGACGACCAGGCGAUCGACGGCGAGGGCGUCGACGAGCUCAGCACGGCGGAGCUGCAGGCCGCGUGCGCGAGCCGCGGGAUCCGCACGUUCGGCGUGAGCCCCGCGCGCCUGCGCGAGGAGCUGACGACGUGGAUCGAGCUGCACCUGCACAACCGCGUGUCUGGCGUGCUGCUGAUCCUCGGCAAGGCGUUCCACUUCGAUCGGACGCCGGGCGAGGGCGAGAGCGGGCAGACGGCCGUGACCAAGGGCCUCGAGCAUGUGCUGAGCGGGCUCCCGGAUAACCUGCUGAACGAAGCGGAGUUGGAAGUCGACUCGGACAAGGCGUCGUACAAGCAAAAGCUCGAAGUCCUCCAGCAGCAAGAAGAGCUGAUCGAGGACGAGGAAGAGCAGGAGCAGAAGGAGGAAGACGCGCGCAGGGCGAAGAAGGAAGCGGAAGAGCGCUCCAAACGGGAAGAGGAGGCACGCAUGGCCGAGUCGCUCUUGCCUGACUCUGAACUGCACCCGGAAAAGUUCGAAGAGGAAGAUGCUCGCAUGACUACGGAACAGGUCAAGGAGCUCGGCGAGGCGCUUUCGAUCCUCUCGGCCAAAUCGAGCGUCCUCAAGGAGCGUGACGAGCUGCGCGCACUCAUGGAAGAGAACUCGCAAGCCGAAGAGGACCCUGGCUCGCCCUCGGCCGCGCUCGUGAAGCGCAUCCGGACGAUGCUCACCAAGAUCGACACGCAGCUGGAAGAGUACGACGCGCGGGUGGGUAACUCUCUGCAGAUGAUUUCGCUCGACCAGCAAGGUCGGAUCCCGGUCAAGGACCUCGAGACCGCGCUCGCGGUCAUCAAGCACCGACCCGAUGAGGACGUCGUGCAGAACGUUAUCGAGAAGCUGGACGUGGACAAGGAUGGAUACGUCGAGCUGGAGCACGUGCUUGGGCUCGCGCGGGAGGAGGGGCUCGGGAUCGUGGUGGACGGCGAGGCGCAGUCGAUCAUUGGUCAAGGGAAAGAGAUCAAAAACUCGAAACCGCGCAAGGAAGAUAUAGUACAGGAGUAAUAGCACCUCCGCAUCGCCUACUUAUUAUCGCGUAUCGCCUUAUAGACUAUUUUCCACCCUUCU